AUGGGUCCCACCAAUAUGUGUUCUUAUUGUUUGUCCCACAAGAGAACUAGCAAGGAAGGCACAACUACAUAUGUAUGUAAAGCUCUUGAUGAGGUGGCAGAUAUCUCUGUGCCAGGAUCAAUAGAACACACAAAGGUGCAGGGUGAGAUUUUGGAGGGUGAGAUUUUGCAGGUUGAUCAAGAUUUGGGACCACGUCUAAGGGAAAUAUGUGUUGCAAAUAGAUCUGAUGAGAAACAAGCACUUCUUCAAAAUGUUGGGAAAUCUUUUUGUCCAAAUUAUGUGGAUUGGUUUGGAUUUGAAGCUGCUGAUAUACCUCCAAGAAGUGCUGAUAAAUCAGUUGUUUCCAAAUUUCUACAAACAAAUCCUUCUGAUCAUACUACCUUUAAAUUAAAGGAAAUGGUCAGAUUGAUGAAAGAAAAACGUUUUCCUGCUGCUUUCAAGUGUUACUAUAAUUUCCACAAAAUUAAUUCAAUAUCUAGUGAUAAUCUUCAUUAUAAAAUGGUGAUCCAUGUGCAUAGUGAUUCAACCUUCAGGAGAUACCAAAAACAGAUGAGAUUCAAGCCAGAUUUAUGGCCACUAUAUCAAGGUUUUUUUGUUGAAAUUAAUCUGUUCAAGGCAAGUAAAGAGAAAUCCGCAGAGAUUUCCAAAAAUACCCCCGGCAUUGGAAAAAAUUCCAAAGAUGGCAAUGAAACAUCUACAAAAAACAGUUUAGCAGAUGACGAUGCAAAUCUAAUGAUCAAGAUGAAAUUUCUUACAUAUAAGCUGCGAACUUUCUUGAUUCGCAAUGGGUUGUCGAUUCUUUUCAAAGAAGGUCCAAUUACCUAUAAAACCUACUACCUCAGGCAAAUGAAGAUAUGGAAUACAUCACCAGGAAAGCAGAUACAACUCAGUAAGAUGUUGGAUGAAUGGGCAGUAUACAUAAGAAGGAAAUACGGGAACAAACAGUUGUCAUCAUCAAUCUACUUGAGUGAAGCUGAGCCUUUUCUUGAACAAUAUGCCCCUAAUGAAGAAGUAUGGAGCCAGGUCUUGUGGUGGCAUAUCCAUCUUACAAUACAAAACAAAACCACAAUAGAGUUAAAAUUGUGCAGAAACAUUUCUUAUGUUGCAGUUGCUGCUCAUGCAGAUCAGACUAGCAGGAGGAAAUUAGCACCUUUCCAGGUUCCUUUGUUACUAGGCAUUGGGGAAGAAGAUACAGCCCCGACUAAGGCAACUGAAAGUGGCGAUACUAAUCUUGUUUAUCUUGUUCUCUUUCAUAUAUGGAAAAAGAGACUAGCAUUGGAAUUAUUUGGAAUGAUACAAGCUAGACCUAUUGCGCACGAUCUAUUCAUACAAGACUCAAGAUAUCAUAUUUUGGCAUGGCUAAAAGCUUUGGAGGAAACGAGACUCAAGAAAAAGUAA